AUGGCUGGAAAGAGAAAGCAAAGCCUAUGGGGAGGUGCUAUAACGACAGAGAUCCCAGAGGGACUUCUCGACGCCUCAGAUUUUAGACAGGUCCCCGAUACACAAGAGGUGUUUGUUCCUGGAGCGGAGGCUGAUGAUACAAGCCUUACCGGUGUGAGGGUGAACGACUCCAUCAUCUUCGACCUCAUGGAGCGUAUCGACCAAGAGGACAGUGAAGCCAUCAAGGAACAUCUCGCGGAGAUCAGCAACUUGAACGGCACGAAGGACUGGGAGCUGUUUGAGAUAACAAAGUGUUCCAAUAAACUUGGGGUAAAGGCGUAUAUCUGCGUUGCCCUUGAACCGGCUUUGAAAUGGGGGAGAAAAGAACACAACAACCAGCACGUGAACAAGGCCGAGUAUAAGCCUGCGUUGGCGUUAGUGCUGGGUGUUGUUAGACUGGAGAAGGUUUCCACUGACUUGCUUGUCACUUACAAUGCCCAUUUUGGAGAUGUUGAUGAGCUGGAGCAGUUGGAACAACUCCAUCACGUUCAAGACGAACAGCACAUGGCACAAAACGUGGCGUACAAGAGAAUAACAUUUGCCUCCGGUGUAGUAGAGAGCAUCAUCAAAGAGUUGCAGGUUGAAGAUUGGAAACUCUUUGGGUGAUUACAGCUCUUGGUGUGAAUGCCAGUAUUUAAUCCUAACUCUAUAAUUAUAAUAUAAAUAAUCUAAUCUAUCAUCUAGUCGU